UUCUCUAAAAUUUGAUUUGGAUAUAAAGAAAUUUCAAACACUGAAAAACACCUUCUUGUUUUAAUGAGCUUUAUACUCUGUAAAUAGACUUGUAUACUAAAACCUUUUCAUAUACUUGUUCAAGUGGGAGACUCUCUCUUUGGGUUUAGAGUCCAUAUUUGCACUCUUUCACCCACCAAUUUUAGAACAACUAGUAAAGGUUGCUGUAUUGAUACUCUAUCGAAGAAAGCAGCGGCAGAGAACAUUGGUCUGUUGAUUCUGAACUGGGUUUUCCAUUUUAGGCCAUUUUGUGCUGCAUUUCAAGCUCUUCAACGAGUUUUUUGAUUUAUCAAAUAAAGCUAAGUUGAAUAAAGUCAUGGAGCAAGAACCAUUUGGUUAUGGGGAGGGAGAAGAAAUUGAUAGAAUAAACUCGGGGGCAAGUCGUCCUAUGGAAUCCCGUAUGUACCAACAUAGGCAUUUUCCAGGUAUGGUGAGACAAAAGGCGUAUAUAUUUGAUGGAAUGGGGAACUAUUAUACUAAGGAAUGGGACCUUACAGAAGGUAUAGGCAAUGAAUUUUGUUGGUACCAUGUUGAACUUCCGAGAGGAAAUCAAAAACUCUCUCAAUCUGCGCAAUACCUUAUUGACGUUCUUUGCCCACCUUUGAAGCUUCAAGACAUUCUUUCACUUGUGAGCAAUGGACCAUUUUGUGGGCAUGUUGAUGGGGCACUUGUAUUUAGAGUUAAUUCACAUGGCCUGCCCUGUAGCAAUUUUACAUUUCGAAUUGCUGCUAGAGUUACACAGAAUUCAGUGAUUACUGUGUCGUCGGGUCGUGUUCCUCGGCUUGGUUUCUCACCUAUGGGUCAUUCUCUGCUUUCUGAGAUUCCUAGUGUGGAGAGUCCCUUGAAUGAUAGAGGUGAGCCAAAGGAAGGAAGUGGGAUUGUAAUAAGGGAACAUGUCCUUGAAUUCUUGUUGACAAUGAAUCAUUCUGAGGAAGCUGAUAAUCCAGUUCCAAGAUCUGUCUCGAAUCUUCUUGUUCACAUUGUUGACACACACAUGGAUCACCUUCAAGACGUUUUGACUAAAAUGGAGAUUGAGCUGGAUUCUGUGGAGCUUGAGUUGGACAAAGGUGGUUUUGCAUUAAAGAAACAAAUGCUGGAUGACAGAAGAUUCCCCAAAAUGCUUCUUAAUUUGCAGCGCCUCCUGCAGGCGAUUGCACAUGGGGAGCAAGUAUUUCCACGGGUCAAAGAAAAGUGUGCUUCAAAAGAUUGGUUUGCUCUUGAAGAUGUUAAUGCUCUAGAAGAGUUAGUUGGCCGGCUUAGGAGAUUGAAAGAUAACGUGGGGUUUAUGGUAAAUCGUGUCACAGCGAUCCAGGCUGGUCUGGAUAGUUGGCAGUCUGAACAAAUAAACAAGAAGCUGUACUAUCUAUCAUUUCUUUCAAUAAUAUUCCUUCCUUUAUCCAUCAUCACUGGAGUCUUUGGAAUGAAUGUGGGUGGAGUUCCAUGGACAGGGCAAAGAGACCCUGAGCUAAAAGAUGGUUUCCGCAAUGUCAUGUUUCUCUGUUUGGCAAUGCUGUUUUUGAUUCUACUAUGCUUCAUUUGCCCGUAUCUGUAUACCCGAUUCCUUGCUUGGCAGAGGAGGAGAGAUAUGAAAAGAAGUUGGUCUUUCAACAAGAAAUCAUUCCUCCGAACAGUCGGUGUUCAAGCUCAAGGAAGAAAUGGAUACCUUAGAAUCUGAAAAUAGAAAUGAAAUGCGUAAUAUCAGAAUGGAAAUUUAUCAUCUCAAUUCUCAAACAAAUUCAGUUUUUCCUGCUUCUUGACUGAUUUAUGGAGAGGUGGAGCUAUUAUGUAAGAGGUUAGUCAAAUCUAUUGUGGAAUUUGUUUAUUUUAACAACUGGAUUGCAGAUUCUUUCAAUUCUUUGAAGUUUCUAUUAAGAGUUUAACAGAUUGUACAGAUUAUGAACUUGUGCAUAAUCUCAAAUAUAUUUUGAGCUUUUUUUGAAGUCAUCGAGGAUAUCCUAUGCACUAGCAAUGUGUAUAAAUAUUGAUACAAAUAUUGAUGUAUUAUUAUGUGAUUGAGUAAUUUUGAAUUAUAGAUAAAUUUUUGUUAUUUA